GGGAAUUGCGGAGAGUGGAUGCCUAGCGGGCACCCACGGGGCAGAGACCCGCGGACGCCAUGGGCUGCUGCAGCUCCGCCGCGCAGAGUUCCAAGCGAGAGUGGAAGCCUCUGGAUGACCACAGCUGCACAGAUGUACCAUGGCUGUUCUUAUUCAUCCUCUUCUGCAUAGGAAUGGGUUUUAUCUGUGGCUUUUCAAUAGCUACAGGAGCAGCUGCAAGACUGCUUUCGGGAUAUGACAGUUAUGGAAAUAUUUGUGGACAGAAAAAUGUCAAGGUGGAGGGAAUAGUUAACAGUGGUCUGGACCUCACACACAAGAAGUAUGUAUUCUUCUUGGAUCCAUGCAACAUUGAUCUAGUACAUCAGAAGAUUAAGUCUAUUGCCUUGUGUGUAUCAGCUUGCCCAAGGAAAGAACUGAAAACUCUGACUGAUAUACAGAAAUUUGCAGAAACUAAUGGAUCCACGCUCUGUAGCUAUGAACUACAGCCAUCAGAAUAUACAACAGACCCAAGGGCUGCCAAGUUAUGUCCUAAAUAUCCUGUUCCAGAGAGUGCACCUAUUCCAUUCUUCCAUCGCUGUGCUCCUGUGAACAUUUCCUGCUAUGCCAAGUUUGCAGAGGCCCUGAUCACCUUUGUCAGUGACAGUAGUGUCUUACACAGGCUGAUUAGUGGAGUUAUGACCAGCAAAAAGAUUAUAAUGGGACUUUGCUUGUUAUCACUAGUGUUGUCCAUGAUUUUGAUGGUUAUAAUAAGGUACAUUUCAAGAGUACUUGUCUGGAUUUUAACAAUUCUUGUCAUUCUGGGAUCGCUUGGUGGUACAGGAGUCCUGUGGUGGCUCUAUGCUAAACAACGAAUAUCUGCCGGUGCUCUUGAGACCCAAAUAGCCAAAGACAAUCUUCAGGCUCUCUUGAUCUAUGCCAUUGCAGCUACAGUCUUCACGGUUAUCUUGUUCUUGAUCAUGUUAAUUAUGCGCAAAAGAGUAGCUCUCACCAUUGCCUUGUUUCACGUGGCUGGCAAGGUCUUCAUUCACCUGCCACUGUUAGUCUUCCAGCCAUUUUGGACAUUCUUUGUGCUUAUCCUCUUCUGGACAUACUGGAUCACAGUCUUGCUUUUUCUUGGUACUACAGGUAGUCCUGUCCCAAAUGAAGAAGGAUUUGUUGAAUUUCGAAUGGCAGGUCCUUUGAAAUACAUGUGGUGGUACCAUGUAGUGGGGCUCAUCUGGAUCAGUGAGUUUAUCCUAGCCUGUCAGCAGAUGACAGUAGCAGGGGCUGUUGUAACGUACUAUUUUACAAGGGAGAAAAGAAAUCUGCCAUUUACUCCUAUUCUGGCAUCUGUUAAUCGCCUUGUUUGUUACCACCUAGGAACAGUAGCAAAGGGGUCUUUCAUUAUCACACUGGUGAAGAUACCACGAAUGAUUCUUUUGUAUAUUCACACACAACUCAAAGGAAAGGAAAAUGCUUGUGCUCGCUGUAUGCUUAAAGCCUGCAUUUGCUGCCUUUGGUGUCUAGAACAGUGCCUGACAUAUUUAAAUCAGAAUGCUUAUACAGCCACAGCUAUCAACAGCACCAAUUUCUGCACCUCAGCAAAGGAUGCCUUUGUUAUCCUAGUGGAAAAUGCUUUGCGAGUGGCUGCCAUAAACACAGUUGGGGAUUUUAUGCUGUUUCUAGGAAAGGUCCUGAUUGUCUGCAGCACAGGUUUGAUUGGCAUUAUGUUGCUGAAUUACCAACGAGAUUACACCAUCUGGGUGCUGCCACUCAUCAUUGUCUGCCUCUUUGCAUUCCUGGUUGCUCACUGCUUCCUUUCCAUUUAUGAAAUGGUUGUUGAUGUCCUUUUCUUAUGUUUUGCCAUCGAUACAAAAUACAAUGAUGGGAGCCCUGGCAGGGAAUUCUACAUGGAUAAAGUUCUCAUGGAGUUUGUGGAGAAUAGUAGGAAAUCUAUGAAAGAAGCUGGCCGGGGAAGUGGAGCUGAGGGCAGAGAGCUAAAACUAAUGGCCUCUGGAGCAAGUUCAUCUUGAAACUAGCCAGCCAUAUUGGAACACAUUGACAUUCCAAAACAGUAUAUAUAUACAUAU